GACUAUACUUGAGGUUCCAUAAUCGAGCGAGUAGGUAAAGGUCGAAUAUUGUAAGGGAGUUAUCAAUACCUACUUGGCAACUUACCAUAUUGGUUCUGGAAACAGAAACCUUGUCAUCUGUAGUUGUCAAAAAAAAAAAAAAAUGUUCUAAAACCCCCCUCUCUCUCUCCUCUCUCUCUCUCUCUCUCUCUAGACUAUACAUUUUCAUCCACGAGAAGGGUGGCUUUUUCUUCUUUCAUCGGUCUCCUAAAAAUCCCCAAAUCCCAAUAUCCCAGUUCCAACCUUUCAAUAGCUUUCCAGAUUUCUUGGUGCAAAACCGGACAUAUUCUCUUGUCUGGAUCCCAGUGUGCUAGGGUUUGGAAUAUAUAUACUUGGGCAGUGAGAUCCCGGUGCUCAUGUUGAUGAAAUAAUGCAGCUAUAUCACCAUCCAUACUCUGUCGACAGCCAAAAGGUGAGGCUUGCUUUGGAAGAAAGCGGCGUCGAUUAUACGUCGUACCAUGUCAACCCUAUCGCGGGCAAGAACAUGGAUCCUGCGUUCUUCCGAAUGAAUCCGACCGCUAAAAUUCCAGUUUUCCAGAAUGGUUCCCACGUUAUAUUCAACACAACAGAGAUAAUCAUGUAUAUAGAAAGAAUUGCCGUCGUCUCUUCGGGUGGCAAUGACAGCAUCCUAAGUAGCAAAGAAGUUGUGGAAUGGAUGAACAAGAUACAAGAGUGGAAUCCCAAGUUUUUCACGCUCUACCACGUCCCUGAGAAGUAUCGUCUUUAUGUUUCCAGAUUCAUAAGGCGGGUGGUGAUUGCUCGGAUGGCUGAGUCUCCUGAUCUAGCGAGUGCUUACCACCGGAAAUUAAGAGACGAAUACGAGACAGAUGAGAAGUUGAGAAAUCCGGAUGUUGUGCAACGGAGCAAGGAGCACCUGGUAAGGCUUCUCGAUGAAGUGGAAACAAGACUGAGUGAAACAUCAUAUUUGGUAGGGGAUGAGUUUACUAUGGCGGAUGUCAUGCUCGUCCCUGUGCUGGCGCGAUUAGUGCUCCUGAAUUUGGAAGACGAGUAUAUCAAUAGCCGGCCUAAGAUUGCCGAGUACUGGAAUGUGGUGCAACAGAGGCCUAGCUGUAAGAAGGUGAUCGGAAGGUACUUCCAUGGCUGGAGGAGAUACAAAACUCUGUUGAAAACUUGGUACUUUAUUCGCCUCAAAAAUCUGCUAAGGAGAUACUGAUACAGAACAAAAAGGAUGGAUCGCCGUGUAGAGUGUGUGAAUAAAUUUUAAGGGAACUGUAAGGGAGAAGGAAAUCUGAAUUCUAAGAUGUAUUUAUUCAAUUGUAUAGAGAGAGAUUGCGGGUGAGCGUUGGCGGCCAACGGUAAGGUUGCACCAGGUCACAAGUUCGAAACAAGAAAAUAAUCUCUCUGCAUGCGAAGAUACAACUGAAAAUUUGUUUUUUGCCUUUAUUUCUGGAGUGCGAGGUGUUUGAAGUUUCUUGUGA